GCUAACUAUUUCCACCCAUAUGGAUUCGUAUGUGGUGGAUAAUGCUGCCGGUCCUCACGGGUCUACGCUGAUCUCGGAUGUAAUGUCCCGGAUUGGCCAGAGCUACGGCAAUUUUGAGGCUCCUCAGUGGCAGUGUCUAACUGGCACUCGGGACCGCACUGUCCUGUACGAGAAGAGUAUCGAGCACACUGCCGCGGCUCUUGCUUUCACUGCCCAGCUUAAUUACGAGCUGAACAACGAGGUCCAUUCGAGCAGGACCCUCGCCCAAGAGGAGAGGGACCUCCACCUUAAAGCGAAUGACGACCUGAAGGCAGUGAAUACUAAGCUCGAGGCAGUGGUUAAGGAGCGUGAGGAAAUGCACUCCCUUCCUGCCAGUUGA